UUGACCGGUGACAUCGUUUUGAAAGUAGCCAAUCAGGCAGCAAACUGGAGAUCGCAACCCUGCCUGCCAGAGUGAUGCUGUAUAAAAAGAGAAUAAAGAUAGUAUCUCCUAGCAACGCGAAUUCUAUCAACAAUACGUUAUGGGAUAUUCGUAUACGUCACUGUUGCCAUAGCUACGUCUCUGUCAAAUACACAGGUUUCAUUUAUUGUGUCAGGGGAGGCUAAAAUAAACAAUGGCUGAAAAAAAGUUCAAAGGAGCCCCGUUUGGAACACAGACAUCGAGGUUUGAUGUGUCAGCGGUCCAUCCAGCCAAUAAGAGAGUAGGGACCUACACAGAGAUCCCCUACUGCAAAAAGAUGACCAAUGACCUGGAGAGGCGGCUGGGCCCGGGGUCCUAUGAUGCUGCAGGCCAUGGGGACUUCAGUAAACGGUCGGUGGCAGAGCGGGCCAAAGGGCCGGGGUGGCAGAGGGCCCAGGAGACUGCCAGGUUGGCAGCCAUACCUCACCUCCUCUACAGGGAGGCCUGGGAAAACAAACGCUUCCUGAAAACUAAAGUGGGUCCAGGAACCUACAGAGUAGCAGACUUUAUAGAGGAGCUGCAGAAGAAACCAGGCAGUGUGAGAGGAGUGUGUGACAGCAGGGAAGAGCGGUUCAGAAAUGCACAGAGCUGGACGCCAGGCCCUGGUUGCUAUGGUAAUGGGGGUGUUCCAUGGGCAGCGCUGGAGGAGAAGAGGUCGGGGUUAAAUGGGGCUCCUAGCAUGCACCUCAGCUCCUCACUGCAACGCUUCCCAGAAGGCAACAGUACAGACUGUGGGCUGAGUCCCUGUACCUAUACUCUAAAGAGCAGCACAGAGGCGUUGUUGGCCAGCGGCAGCAGCAGGAGAGGCGCAUAUGAUCUCUUCACUGGACCACGAGACAAACCCAUCACCGCUGGAUACUUCGCUACCCCGAAGUGUGUAAAUCUAACUCCAGGGGAGUACCCCAGUGGGUGUGGGGGCUUUGGAGAGGAGUUGUGUCGUCGGGAAAAGCGGAACCACGGUGUGUUUGGAAUGUUGGAUCAAUACCCAGUUGUUCCAACAGAGAGAAUCUACCACAGCACCCUGUCCCAAUGCCCUCGACCUGCUACGUUCCCAGGGCCAGGGUGGUAUAAGGUCGUCUCUCCACAGUCCCGUCCAGAGAGUCACACCCAUCCCCCCUUCCUCUCCUCUGCCCCCCGUGCCAGCCGUAGGACAGAAAGGUUGCAGAACGGAAAUUAUAGCAUGGUUGGUCCUGGUCGUUAUGACAUUGCAGAAAAGGGGUGUAGUAAGAUUGACAAUGUCUACACCUCCUCCUUCAGUUCCCGGACACAGAGAUAUCUUCACAAACCAGACAGAGACAAACACACACAGGAGAGGUUGCGUGCGAUAAAUGUUCCGGUGGACAGACUGAGUUUCCUGGUGCAGCCUGGAAGGAACACUUUGAUGAAAUCAGCUUAGACACACACACACACACAUCGAAGCAGCAUGGAACAAAGACUCCGGAUACAUGUUUUACAACCCAUCAGAUUUCAAGUUUAGUUUUUCAACUAUAUUAAAAUCAAUAUUGAUCAA